AGCGUUGCGUUUUGCUCCGGCGGUCGGGUCGGGUCGGUCGGGUCGGUCGGGCCUCGUGGAGAAGGCGCUGCUUUUUAACCCCGAAAAAGCUCAGGAGAGGGAGAGGCUGUGAAGGCGCAACGCCGCGGUCGGGGUGGGGGGGAUCUGACUGGACUGCAAACCGCCGAGCUCCGGGUCGCAGGAUGUUUAAAAAGUUUGACGAAAAGGAGAAUGUCUCGAACUGCAUUCAGUUGAAGACGUCUGUCAUUAAGGGCAUUAAGAAUCAGUUGGUGGAGCAGUUUCCCGUCAUCGAGCCGUGGCUGAACCAAAUUAUGCCAAAGAAGGACCCGGUAAAAAUCGUGAAAUGCCAUGAACAUGUAGAAAUUCUGACUGUUAAUGGAGAACUGCUGUUCUUCAGACAGAGGGAAGGACCUUUCUACCCCACGUUACGAUUGCUUCACAAAUAUCCAUUUAUCUUGCCACAUCAACAAGUUGACAAAGGGGCCAUCAAGUUUGUACUGAGUGGGGCUAAUAUCAUGUGCCCGGGUCUAACUUCUCCAGGAGCCAAACUUCAUCCAGCUGACACGAAUACCAUAGUUGCUAUAAUGGCAGAAGGCAAGCAGCAUGCAUUGUGUGUUGGAGUCAUGAAGAUGGCAGCUGAAAAAAUUGAACAAAUUAACAAAGGUAUUGGUAUUGAGAAUAUGCAUUAUUUAAACGAUGGUCUUUGGCACAUGAAGACAUACAAAUAACAAAGGAUGUCGUCGGCGAGAUAAUCUACUGUAUGGACAAAUAGACAAAACUUAUAGACAUCUGCAUUAUUGUUUUUUUUCAAAAAAAUGGUUUGAAAAAGUCAUUUCAUCACAAAGCCUUAUUUCCACUUAAAUGCUGGGUUUAGAUUACAGCACUGUCGCUGUUUGCAGCAGGGCUAAAAUAUAAACAAAGUUUUGGUGUUGCCUAUAGAGGCUGUUACUACAAGUUCCCAAGUAGGAUCAUCAUCCCAACUGCUCCUACACCAGACUGCCAUGUUUAUCUAGACUUGGUGGGUGAGGACUGUUAACCUGUCCUGACAUGCUAGCAAUGUGAUUUUGGCAUUAUCGGCUUGUAGGUACAGAGCUUCUCCAGCUCAUAGUUAACGAGGAAGUCAAGUAAUUACCGUUGCAUGCAGUGACUUUUUGUAGGCAAAUGAGGCAGCCAUUUUGCACACAGUAAAUUCCCACACCAACCAUAUGAUGAAUAACCAAUUUAUUUGGAGGAGCUUGAACCCUAAAAUAAGCACACAAGUUUUUUCUGGUUUGGGCUGAUCAGUCUCUUCCAGUUUAAAUAUCAUUUUCUGAACUUUGAAACUGGUUUUGGAAAAGACCUCAUAGCAACACAAAGGCGCACAGAAACAGUAUCGCUAGUGCCCAGGUUGUAUUUUGGAAACAAUUUGACUCAUUAAACUGUGUUCUGGGAAAAUGCUAAAAUGCAGGUGUUUUUAGCACUAUAAUUGUUUUUUACAAUUGUUGUAUUGGUGAAACAUCUGAUGCCUGAAUGUUCAUUAAAUUAAUACUGGAGUAUA